AGAGACAACACAAGUACACACUAUGCCAUUGAAAUCUACACAAGAAUAAAAUGGCCAAGAGCAAUAUUCUCUUGCCCCUGCUGCAUAUCAUUCCUCUUUUGCUAAAUUUCCAACUACUUUGCCAUGGGAAGGUUUUCAUGGAGUAUAUAGGUGCUACUGGCAAACCUGUAACAUUUGAUCAGGUCCCAAUAGAGCAAGGAAUUGACUUCCACUUUGUCCUGAGCUUUGCCAUCGACGCAGACCCAUCUGCAAAUCCUGCAAAUGGCACGUUUUUGCCAUAUUGGGCUUCAACCUUAACCCCGGACUCAGUUGCAGCCAUCAAGGCAGAGUACCCUAAUGUCAAGGCCUUAGCUAGCCUUUCAGGGUGGAGCCUCCAUGACAAGAAGCUCAACUGGUACAAGCCAGCAGAUCCUCAGCUCUGGAUAACAAAUGCAUUCACUUCACUCCAAGAGAUCAUUAACACAUAUCAUCUGGAUGGCAUUGACAUAGACUAUGAGAGAUUUCCCAGGCACAAUGAGAGCUUCGCCUACUGUAUAGGCGAGCUGAUUGCUCUCCUAAAGAACCAAAGCGUUAUUUCAGUGGCAACAAUAGCGCCAUACUACAGCACAGUCAUACCCUAUAUUCAGCUAUAUGAAAACUAUGGAGAUCUCAUAGACUAUGUCAACCACCAGUUCUAUACAGAUAAAGUUAGGACACCAGAGGGGUACCUUGAAGCCUUCAAAUUGAGGACUGCACAAUUUGGUAAGGAGAAAGUGUUGCCCAGCUAUGAAGUCAACGGAAGAGGGAUCCAAGGGGAUGCAUUCUUUCAAGCUCUGCAACUCCUGGAAAAGAAUGGGUUUGAUAUCAAGGGAGCCAUGAUCUUCUCAGCUGAUGCUUCUGCUGGCAACAAUUACUACUAUGAGAGGAAAAUACAAGCCUUCUUGCUCAAUUCUACGCAUGUGUGA